UUCUUGCUAUGUCGUCUUGGAUGUGUUGGUUCAAGUCUUCUUACUGUGUGCUCCUUUCUAAAAUUUUAAGAAUUCCUUUUGAAAACAAACAUGUUUGGACAGGCUUUCAGUUUCGGUCGAUGAGUCAAAGUUCCGCUUUUUCUCUUCAUUUCAUAGAGGAGACUUUGGAUUUCAGGCUGGAUGGUUCUAGCCUCGUGAAUUUUGUGGCCAUCGACUGAUGUGACGUACGGAUAGACUAAGUAACACGUCCAGAUAGACUAGUAAAAACCGCAGCCAUGAGUCUCGAGGACAGAGUCUACGGUACCAUAUAUGGAAACUGCAUCGGAGAUGCCAUCGGUCUUCUUACAGAGUUCCUGAGCAAGGAAGAAGCUUUUCAGUGCUAUGGCAGCAAGAAGUUGGAGUAUUCUAUGAAAGUGAAGGACGGACACCGCGUCCGCUGGAACAUCGGAGACUGGACGGACGACAGUGACCAGAUGAUUCUCAUCAUCCUCGCUCUGAUCGAGAACAAAGAGAGAAAGGUAACCAUAACAACGCAGCAGGACUUUGCCUGUCGGCUGAGGACGUGGAUGAACAAGGGGUUCCCAGAGCUGGGGGACUGGGGAGGGUGUGGCAUCGGGGGGACCACGCUACAGGUCCUCUCACAGGCGGAGUUCACUACAGAACCGGAACAGGCAUCUCGUUUAAUUUGGGAAAGAUCAGGAAAGGUGCUGGCACCUAACGGAGGCGUGAUGCGGACCUCCAUCCUGGGGGUGCAUCAGUACCAGGACAUGGAGACUGUUAUACACAACACUGAGAAGAUCUGCAGGGUCACACAUGCUGACCCCAGAUGCGUUGCCUCGUGUGUUGCCGUGACAACAGCCAUCGCCAUGAUGCUGCAAGGGAAACAUCGUAAAGAAGACGGGAGCAUCGAUACCUGGGGCGUCACUCAUGACAGCUUUGACUAUGCCAAGAAAUAUCUGCUGGCUGACGAUGGAACAGAAGACAGUACUGCAGUCCAGGAGCUCCAGUUCCACAUGGAGGCAGAGAAGCUUUCUGCCCUGAAGCUUGACGAGAAGCGCAAGAUCGGUUACACAUACAAGACGCUCGGCGCCGGGUUCUGGUCGCUGAGACAGAGCGACUUCAGGAAGGCACUGACAGAACUCGUCAUGGAGGGGGGUGAUGCAGACACCAACGGUGCAGUAGCGGGGGCGCUCCUGGGCUGUAAGCUGGGGGUGAAGGGACUGCCAAAGUCAUGGAGGGACAAACUCUGCUACAAGAAGUGGCUGGACGAACAGAUUAUAGCCAAGUACCUGGAAACAUUCCCUCUUGUUCAUCUGACAGCCACCCCCCUCCCCAUGGAGGCAAAGGUUCAUGGUAAGAAGGAGGGGGAUGCACAAAAUGGUGAAAGAUACAAAGACGAUAAAGCUCAUCAGGAGGAAAAGGGGGAGAGUGAAAAGGAGACAAAAGAAGAAUCGAGCAACGACAAGGACUCGAAGGAAACAGUUGCUUCACUGGGAGUACAGAUGGAAACUGCACUGUAAAACUGAACUGGAAACUUAAAACUCAGACCAAGCUUGUUCUAGAUCUUUUUUUAAAGCUUUAGACAUCAUAAUUGAUAGUGGUAAUAACACACAAGUGUAAGGAUGGUUACACCGCUAUGUUCCGACACCACCUAACAAUCUAUCCUGUACCCCUAAUUGGUAAUCGGAACAUAGGGGCAUUGAUACAUAUGAGUGUAGGAACUUAGGGCUGUCCCUGUAAGAGCAGGGUGUGGUAUGAUCCAGAAAUUGAAAGGACCUCAACAGGUUGCUUUUUUUGUGCUUAAGCAAUUUUACUUUCUAAAUCACUGCUCAAAUGGCUGUAUAAAUUGCCAACAGAAAUUUCUUUGAAGAGUAUCAUGAGAUAACCUUAAAAUUGUAGAAAUUGUACAAGGGACUUGCUUCAUAGCUAUAGUGCAAACUCAACUCAAUUGAUUUUCUUUGCAGUGAUAUUAAUAACUGUAGAAUAAUGAACUAAAAAAAUAUUGUGUUCUGUAGAUUGAUUUAAGAUCACUGGGACUCAAUUUGCAGUAGGAGGAGAAAAGAGAUGUUUGUGGUGUUUUACGUUUGUCUCUGAAGCAACAAUAUUAAUAUUGAUACAAUGGAAGACAGCAAUUAUUUUGUGAUGUGAUGAGUUGUGGGGAGAGACCACUAGAAAUGUAAAACCACCACAAAGGCUUAUCAGUCUACAGUAAUUAAUUGUUAAGGAUUUGAUGAAAGUGCCAUGGAUUUUUUUGAAGAUUUGUUUUGUAAGUCAUAUUAUAUUUUCUCUUUUUAGAGGAAAAUGUGUGCUAUGAAAGGAAAAUGUAGUAUUGAUAUUGUGGCAUUCCAUUGACAUGUUGAUAUAUUGCUGAUAUAAUUAUCGCCGCCUAUUUACUUCACAGAAGUGUUCACCUUUAAACACAGUAUCAUUCGUUGCAGCUAAUGACUGUGAAAUGUUGAGUACAUGUAUUUUGUUGCACAUCCUAAAUAUUCAGUAAGCAGCACAAUCUGUGUGUAUAUUGCUGAAAAGUGGCAAGUUUUAACUAUUAGAAUUAGUAGUCUUGACUAAUGAUCAGUUUACUUCAUAAUAACUUUUUAACAUUGAAGUAACAUCUCAAGACUUAGUACAUUUUUUUGAAUAGCCAAAAAGACAUGUUGCAAAGAAAUUGCCAAAUAAGCCGUUUAUUUUUCCAUGAAGCCUUUAUAUAAGAGCAUUGUCUAUUAGGACAAAGGCAGAUUGGUUAAAAACUCUUACAAAAUUAUAGGUUUCAUAUAUUAGUUAAAGACAAGUAUGAGUUUAGUCACUGGAUCAGUGAGGCUUUAUGCUCUGUGUGAAAUUGUAUAAAUGGGUUGUAAAUAUUCUGUAGCUACUCCAGAAUGGUAACAUAAACUCACAAUUGUGAUACCACAGUUACAUGUGCAUUUUUCAAUUUAUUAGAAUUAAGCUAAACAUACAUUCUAAUCAUCCUUUUUACAAAAUGACUGUUCAAUUUUAAACAGGAUUUGAUGAAAUAAACGUGCCAUGGAUAUCGUUAGAAUA